AUGGAAGCUGAUGAAGAGCAAGGGCUCAAAAACCAGACGUACUUCACCUUGCAGGGGUUCUCCUACCUCGCCUCUCUUCAGGUUCUUCUCUUUGAGGGAAUCCUCCUCAUGUUCCUAAUCACAAUGACAGGGAACUUGCUCAUAAUUUUAGUCGCAACUGCUGACCCUGCCUUACACACCCCGAUGUACUAUUUUCUCAAAAACCUGGCCUUGAUUGAAAUUUGCUUUACAUUAAACAUAGUGCCCAAGAUGCUUACGGAUUUGUUGUUGGAGAGAAAGAUCAUCUCCUUUUCUGCCUGCGCCCUGCAACUUUACUUUGCUGUAUUCUUUGUCACUUCCGAGUGCUUCCUCUUGAGUGCCAUGGCGUAUGACAGAUACGUGGCUAUUUGCCAUCCCUUGCACUACACCACCAGAAUGAACAGGCGAGUAUGUUUUCAUAUGGUCACAGCAUGCUGGCUUGCUGGUAUGCCAAUUUCCGCAGGACUCACUGGUUGGCUGUUUAGCUAUUCCUUUUGUGGUUCUAGGGAGAUUGAGCACUUCUUUUGUGAUAUUGCUCCUGUUCUAGAUUUGGUCUGUUCAGACACAUACUUAUUUGAGCUUCUUGUGUUCGUCGCUACUGUUACAAUUGUUCUUAUCCCAUUUAUAUUGAUAACAGCCUCUUACAUCCAAAUAAUCCAUUCCAUCCUCCAAAUGCCAUCUUCUGAAGGAAGACACAAAGCUUUCUUCACCUGCUUUGCUCACCUGGUGGUGGUGAUGCUGUUCUACUGCACAACUGGCUUGAUACAUUUAAAGCCAAGGUCCAGAUUCUUGGCAAAGAGCAGGAAACUAGUGGCUCUUUCUUAUACAGUAGUAACUCCUAUGCUGAACCCAAUCAUCUACAGCUUACGAAACAAAGAAGUAAAGCAUGCUCUAAGGAAGACAUUUGGAAGGAGACAGUUCAGCAAGAUGCCUCUGCCCAGAGGGUUUCACUUAUUUUCAAAAAGUUGCUCAUGCUUUAAAGGUUAA